AUGGAUCUGACACAGGUGCUGCCGGAGGAAUUGCUCGCCGACGUGCUCCGCCGCGUCGCGCCGCGCGGCCUCGCCGCGUGCCGCUGCGCCUGCAAGGCCCUGCUGGGCAUCAUCGACGCACGUCGCCUGCUGCGCACAGACCUCCUUCCGCACUCCGUCGCCGGCAUCUUCAUCAACUUCCACAGCGAAGGUUUGCUGGAGUUCUUCGCCCGUCCCUCAACAGGCCCCACGAUCUCCGGAAGGUUCGACUACCUGCCCCCACACAUUGGGGACUCCCAGUAUCGUGGUAAAAUCGAGGAUCAUUGCAAUGGCCUUCUCUUACUCGAAGAUUAUUUCGAGAAUUAUUAUGUGGUUAACCCGGCAACGAGACAGUGGAAUUCUUUGCCGCCGCACCCUUCCAUGUCCAAGUCUGGGGAGAUCGAUGCUGACUUCACAUACCAAGAGUACCUCAUCUUUGAUCCCACGGUAUCACCCCACUAUCAGGUAUUUGUGAUCCCAAAUCCUACGGGCAAAUGGAAGCCCGAGGAUUUUGGCUACAACAGAGCAUUGGAUGAAUUAGACACUGUUAUGGAGGAAUCUGAAUGGCCACCAUCUGUUUGUGCCCUGCACGUUUUCUCCUCGAGCUCGGGCCGUUGGGAGGAGAGGUCUUUUAUUCGAGAUGGGAAGGCUGCAGAAACCAUCGCUGAUAUGCGGCGGCAUUUCGACAAGCACUAUGCUGUCUACUGCCGGGGUGCACUUUACAUGCACUGCAUAACUGAUUUCAUAAUGAGGUUCUCUUUGUCAAAUGAUAAGUGCCAAGUAAUUAAACCACCGAUACAUGGUGAACUGGGGGAGUGCCCAAAGCUCCAUCUUGGACAAUCUGAAAAAGGGGUCUACCUUGCAUCUAUUUGUGAAAUGUCUCGUCUUCUGGUUUGGGUCCUUGACGAAUCGUGUGGUCAGACGAAUUGGGUCUUGAAGCAUAACAGUUGCAUUCCACCCAUACUGGAUUAUGAUCGUCCUAUUCUUGGCCCAUGGGUCUUACAAGAUAUUAACUAUGAGUAUCUCAAAGAGAGAAAGGACCACACUGAUACGGAAGACAUGAAAUAUCUAAAAGAGAAGAAACUACAGUUGAACUCCAGUAAGGAAGAGCUAGUGGAAGAAAAAAUUGAAUGGGACUCUCAAAAUGACAACAUCCUUCAUAAGGAAGAUGUGGUUGAUGCUCAUGGCAAUGGAUACUUCGAUAUCCUUGGGUUCCAUCCAUAUAAAGAGAUUGUCUUUCUGGAUGUAUCAAUGUACAGAGGAUUGGCCUAUCAUUUGAAAGAUUCAAAGGUUCAGGACCUUGGCUACUUAUACCCAACAACUUCUCAUUUAGCAGUGCUGAACGAGUAUUUCAUAACCGAGUCAUUCCCAUACACACCCUGUUGGACAGGACACCAGUAA